UGCUGAGUAUGUCUGUAGCUAAAAGACACUCUUCGCACACUGACGAGCUAUGCCAACAACGCACCAAGCUCUUCAGGCCUAUAUCGCUCUAUGGUGCUCAAAUUGGUAUAUACUUGUGUUCAUAGUUCCAAUGAUUUCAGCUACCCUAAGAACAAGAAGCGGACAACCACGAUACCUCACCUCAUGUCUCCUCGUUAACAAGUACUGUACGACAUUUGCACUCCUCAAGGCAAGUCCUAACUGUUGGGACAUCAUUCCGCUUCAAGCUUCACCCUGGUCCGUGGACCAUUUACCAAGAAAAGAUGAAACGCCUUGAAGCCACUUGUUCAGGAACAAUGCCUCUUGGUCAAUGUGCAAUUU